AUGUCGGAGAGUGCGGAGAGUUCCGCGGGGGCCCACAGAUCUUCUGAGUCCUCCGCUCAGGGCUUCGCUGCUGCCGAGCCGCGGAUCAUCAAAAUCACGGUGAAGACUCCCAAGGAGAAAGAAGAGUUCGCUGUGCCGGAGACCAGCAGUAUCCAGCAGUUCAAGGAACAAAUAUCUAAGCAUUUCAAGUCCCACACUGAUCAACUUGUUUUGAUAUUUGCUGGAAAAAUUUUAAAAGAUCAAGAUACAUUGAUUCAGCAUGGGAUUCACGAUGGACUCACUGUUCACCUGGUCAUCAAAACACAAAACAGAUCACAAGACCAUCCAGGUCAACAAACACAUGCCACUGGCAGUAUUGCUACAUCAAUAUCAAGCAGUAAUACCUCAACACCACCUUCAACAAAUAGUAACUCUUUUGGCUUGGGUGGCCUUGGAGGUAUGGCAAGCCUGAGUAGCCUGGGCCUAAAUGCAUCAAACUUUUCAGAGUUACAGAGUCAGAUGCAACGACAACUUAUGUCCAACCCAGAAAUGAUGGUUCAGAUAAUGGAAAAUCCAUUUGUUCAGAGCAUGCUUUCAAAUCCUGACCUGAUGAGGCAGUUAAUUAUGGCUAACCCUCAAAUGCAGCAACUGAUACAGAGGAAUCCAGAAAUCAGUCACAUGCUGAAUAAUCCAGAUAUUAUGAGACAGACACUAGAACUUGCUAGAAACCCUGCAAUGAUGCAGGAAAUGAUGCGAAACCAAGACCGAGCCUUAAGCAACCUUGAAAGUAUACCAGGUGGCUACAAUGCUUUGCGACGUAUGUACACAGAUAUUCAGGAGCCAAUGUUGAAUGCAGCACAGGAACAGUUUGGAGGUAACCCAUUUGCUUCCUUAGUAAGUGAUGCAUCAUCAGGAAGGGACACUCGGCCAUCUCGUACAGAAAAUAGAGAUCCUUUACCAAAUCCCUGGGCUCCUCAGUCCAGCUCUCAGAGUUCCUCAAGUACCAGCAUCAGUGGUGAGAGCAGUGGCAGUUAUAAUGUUGGAAACAGCACCUCUGCCAAUACGGGACAGAGCUCAACUAUACCAAAUUUGGGACCUGGACUAGGAGUUGGUAUGUUCAACACGCCAGGAAUGCAGAGCUUGUUACAGCAGAUAACAGAAAAUCCACAACUUAUGCAAAAUAUGUUGUCUGCACCCUAUAUGAGAAGCAUGAUGCAGUCAUUGAGCCAGAAUCCUGAUCUUGCAGUACAGAUGAUGUUGAAUAAUCCUUUAUUUGCUGGAAAUCCUCAACUUCAGGAGCAAAUGAGACAACAGCUUCCUACUUUCCUUCAACAAAUGCAAAAUCCUGACACAUUAUCAGCUAUGUCAAACCCUAGAGCAAUGCAGGCUUUGCUACAGAUUCAGCAGGGCUUGCAGACACUAGCAACAGAAGCACCAGGACUUAUACCAGGAUUCAAUCCUGGUUUAGGUGGAUUGGGAAGCAUUGGAGUUCCUACAGGGUCCACUGUACCUAGCUCUGUUCCUAGUGAAAAUACAAGUCCAACAUCAGGGUCUGCUGAACCUGGUCACCAGCAGUUUGUCCAACAAAUGUUGCAGGCACUUGCUGGUGCAAAUGCUCAGCAGUUACAAAAUCCAGAAGUUAGAUUUCGGCAACAACUGGAGCAGCUGAGUGCAAUGGGCUUUUUGAACCAUGAAGCAAACUUACAAGCUCUAAUAGCAACAGGAGGAGAUAUCAGUGCAGCUAUUGAAAGGCUGCUCGCCUCUCAGCCUUCAUAG